CCUCCCCGGGGGUGGGGGCGGGAAUACCCAAGGACCCCGGGGAGUAUAAAGUCAGCUCAAAGGAAGCAAGCUGAGAUUCCUGAACUUCUUGUGAGCUGCAAAGGAUACUGUCUCCCUGGGAUUUCGCGCAUACACUUAUUUGGGGCAAGAGAAGGCUCGUAUACUUUUUUUUUUAGGUUGGAGGUGGAUUCGAACCUGUAACAUUUUGAACUCCUACACUCUUUCGCCAUCGUAAAAAUGGUAGGGCUAUGUAUGCAAGGAUCCCGCUGUCAACUUGUGGCGGUGGUGGUUGCUCUCUAUUUGUCUGUCUGUACCGGUGCGACAGGGAGCUCCGCUUCACUCUCCAAUGCUAUCCUCAAGAGUUCUGCGUCGGCAGGUUCUCCAGCCACCCCGAAGCCGUCAGUGUACGACGGAAGUAACACGCAUCACGCCGUGGAUUUGCACCAGGGCUAUCCGUGUAUCGAGGAUGAUGACUGCAAAGCGGGAGAGUUCUGCAACGCCCCUACCCUCCCGGGUUUGUCUGGGGGCCAAGUCUGCCUUGUUUGCCGCAGACGCCGCAAACGCUGCCUCCGUGAUGCUAUGUGCUGCCCGGGCAAUUACUGCAGUAACGGUAUCUGUGUACAAGUGGAGUAUGAUAACAUCCAUCCUGGGGAGAUCGAAGAGACCAUCAUAGAAAAUUCUGACCAUGGCACUUUGGACCCUCACGCCAAAAGGACCACAGCUUCAUUCCAGUUACACCAUCCAAAAGGUGAAGAAGGCGAUACAUGCCUCCGCUCUUCAGAUUGUGCUGAAGAGCUUUGCUGUGCCCGUCAUUUCUGGUCCAAGAUCUGCAAACCUGUUCUUAAGGAAGGCCAAGUAUGCACAAAGCAUCGCAAGAAAGGUGCACAUGGUUUGGAGAUCUUCCAGCGAUGUAACUGUGGGGAUGGAUUGACUUGUCGGAUACAACGGGACCAUACAGUCAGCAAUUCUCCCAGACUACACACGUGCCAGAGACAUUAGCUGUUGCUUUUUGCUAAACCUGAUGGACUUGAGAGACUUUAAUGAGGUGUGGGAUGCUCUUGUUAUGGAAAAAUCGCCUCCAAGGACUUGACAUGUUUUUAGAGUUUACACUAAAGUACUCCAGCAUCUUGCCCCCUCAAACUGGAGUAUGAGGCAUGUUUCUUUAGGGAACUAUUUUUAAACUUACUAAUUACAGUAAAUUACUGUGUCUGUAAAUUCUUGGGAGUGGCACUUAACUGUACAUGAUAUAGGAUUUUAAUUUUUCCUAAAGUGCUGCAUGAUCUUGUCUAUUGUGACAUGUGUUGUACACACUGGUUUUAUUUUAUUGAGCCUAUAAACUGACGAGUGAAAUAAAUUUCUUUUUAUCUA